UCCCAAUGUCCAAUGUCGUAGGAGGAGGAGUGUGUAGUGUUUCUUGUUUGAGACAAAAAGGGAGAGAAACAUAAAUUGUUUAGUUUUUUCUCAUUCUUUUCAUUCAUGGCAGGCCCAUUGAGACCUCAGAUUGUGUUAUUUGGUUCUUCCAUAAUUCAAAUGAGCUUCGACAAUGGUGGUUGGGGUGCCAUUCUAGCUAACUUGUACGCCAGAAAGGCGGAUAUCGUCUUGCGUGGAUACUCAGGUUGGAAUUCAAGAAGGGCUUUGGAAGUUUUGGAUGAAAUUUUUCCUAAGGAUGCUAGUGUGCAACCAUCAUUGGUGAUUGUAUACUUUGGUGGUAAUGAUUCUAUCGAUCCUCACCCAUCUGGCCUUGGUCCCCAUGUGCCCCUCCAAGAAUAUCUUGAAAACAUGAGGAAGAUUGCUAACCAUAUAAAGAGUCUUUCGGAUCAUAUUCGUGUCAUAUUUCUCACCUCUCCUCCGAUUAAUGAAGAACAGCUUCGCAGAAAGCUCAGUGCAACGCAAACAGGAAGGAGCAAUGAGUCAUGUGGAGUAUAUGCAAACGCAUUAAUGGAGCUUUGUGAGGAAAUGAAUUUGAAGGCUAUUAAUCUCUGGUCUGCAAUUCAGGCCAGGGAAGAUUGGUUAGACGUUAGCUUCACGGAUGGAGUUCAUCUGUCAGCAGAAGGAAGCAAGGUGGUAGUGAAGGAAAUAUUAAAGAUUCUGAGGGAAGCAGAUUGGAAAACCAGUUUGCAUUGGAUGUCAAUGCCAACAGAAUAUGCAGAAGAUUCACCAUAUUAUCCUCCCACUCCUGAUGGAACAAAAACCAUUAAUGUUUCUCACAUUGUCUCCCGAAGGUGUUUGCAGUGGGAUAUAUAACAUAUACAACCAUGUUUAUGUGUUUAUUUUUCAUGGAAGAGGCUCGUGAUGUGUUGUUGUUGUGUUGUGUUGUGUCAGUGGAGCCAUUGAAAGUGAUAUCUACCUACCCUUUACUUUGUGUGAGCGUUUUUAUUAUUCUAUUGUAGUUUUCGUUCUGUAAAAAUGUGUUCUUAUUGUAUUAAUCAAUUUAAAAUUCGACUCAAUUUCCUUCUCGUUU